GGGAUAACGGCCCUCAGGCCCAGACGCCUCUCCUGCUAAGUCCCCCGUGCAGCAGCCCAUACUGCACAUGCGCGGGUAUUUCCAUAGCCAUGGCGCGAACAUGUCGCAUGCGCGAGAGCUGCACGACAUGGUUGACUGCAUGUGCAAUAGCUGCAAGUCCUUGGGAGAGGUACAGGCAGUGGACAUGCGCAAAUGGGGCGUCUGUGGGCGAGGCGAGUUGUGCGUCUGCGCAAGAUCAUCGAAGUACGCGGAUCGCGCUUGCGUAGAGAAGAGCAGUAAAGGAUUGUGGGAUACUAGUUACGGCCCGGGCAGGCUGCUGGAGCGGGCAGCUGGUGGCAGUUAUUACUCCACAACGGUUGUUUUGUGCGCGAGGCCCGUGGUUGUGCCCGGACGGGUAGCGGCAGGGGACACAGCAAAACGCUACCCGGUUCCUAACGCGCUCUUCCCCUUCCCUGAUGUGUUUGUAGCACUGGAGUGGGAGGCAGCGCGAUGUCUUCAAGCAGCGGCACCGACGUGAUCCAGGUCACCAAUGUCUCUCCUAGCGCCAGCUCCGAGCAGAUGCGGACACUCUUCGGCUUCCUGGGCAAGAUCGAGGAGCUGCGCCUUUUUCCUCCCGAUGAUUCUCCUUUGCCUGUUUCUUCACGGGUCUGUUUUGUAAAGUUCCACGAUCCUGACUCAGCAGUUGUGGCCCAACAUCUGACAAACACUGUGUUCGUUGACAGAGCAUUGAUAGUCGUACCAUAUGCAGAAGGAAUUAUUCCUGAUGAGACUAAGGCUUUAUCUCUUUUGGCACCAGCUAAUGCUGUGGCAGGUCUGCUGCCUGGAGGUGGUCUCCUGCCUACUCCCAACCCACUUUCUCAGAUUGGUGCCGUUCCUUUAGCUGCUUUGGGAGCUCCUGCUCUUGAUCCUGCCCUAGCCGCUCUUGGGCUUCCUGGAGCAAACUUAAACUCUCAGUCUCUUGCGGCAGAUCAGCUACUAAAGCUUAUGAGCACGGUGGAUCCAAAGUUGAACCAUGUAGCUGCAGGUCUUGUCUCACCAAGUCUGAAAUCUGAUACGUCCAGUAAAGAAAUAGAGGAAGCUAUGAAAAGAGUACGAGAAGCACAAUCACUGAUUUCUGCUGCCAUAGAGCCAGAUAAAAAAGAUGAAAAACGAAGGCAUUCAAGAUCAAGAUCACGAUCAAGAAGGAGGAGAACUCCUUCUACUUCUAGGCACAGACGGUCAAGAAGCAGGUCAAGGAGGCGGUCACAUUCAAAGUCAAGAAGCAGGAGGCGAUCUAAAAGUCCGAGAAGGAGGAGAUCUCAUUCCAGAGAGAGAGUCAGAAGGUCUCGGAGCACAUCCAAAACCAAGGAUAAAAAGAAGGAAGAAAAAGAAAAGAAACGUUCUAAAACUCCACCAAAGAGCUACAGCACAGCCAGACGAUCAAGAAGCGCAAGCAGCCAAGACUGCCCCUUCUCCAAGCCACACCCUUCCUUUGUUCAGACCCCUUCCCUGGACAGAGAACGACGGCGCAGAAGAAGCAGGAGUGCAACACGGUCACCUAAAAAGCCCAGGUCCCCCAAAAGAAAAUUGUCUCGGUCUCCAUCUCCAAGAAGACACAAAAAGGAAAAGAAGAAGGAUAAAGACAAAGAGAGAAGCAGAGAUGAGAGAGAACGGUCAACAAGCAAGAAGAAAAAAAGCAAAGACAAAGAGAAGGAUCGGGAAAGAAAAUCUGAGAGUGACAAAGAUGUAAAAAAUGGUGAUGGAAGAAUAGCAGGAACAGGAUAAUGAAAUGCAAGGGUGUGCAUCAGCUGUACAACUCUAAAAGUUAACCUGUUAAAGAAGGUCCUGAAAUGACAGAACAGUUCACUGGUUUAAAUGAGUAGGUAUUGGAGUAAAACUAAAACUAGCACAGACACUUAUAAUUUUUGAGUCUGAAACAUUUAACCAAAAUGGUUUUUUAAUUGUCAUUUUUCCACAGGCAUUUUAAAAUGAAACUUGCCAUUUAGCUAUACAGUGUCAUUUUUAGAAUUUGUAGAAAUGUAACUUUUUAAAAAACUGUUCAGUAUUUUGUCAAUACAGAGAGGUAUAUGUCAAUACAAACAGUUCUCCUAGCCUUUUCUUUCUAGUUGAGUGAAACAAGAUGGUAAUACUAGCAAACAAGGAGAAAAAUAUGCAUAUUGUAAUGAAAUUACAUUUCCUUCAUAUUUGAAUUGCAUUUAUUUUGCUAUCAAGUACAGAACAAAAGAAAACUGCUCCAUGGCUUUUAUUAAAAAUUGGUAGAUUAUUAACACACUGUUGCAUAAGCAUUGAAUAAUGAAGAGUAUCCCGUCUUCAGAUAAUCAAGAAGUGUAGUGGUUCAGACUCGAAAAAUACUACACAAGUUUACAUUAUCUUCAGAAAUAGGAGCAUUGUGUGUUGGAAUUGGUUGUGUAAAUAUAUAGUAUGAAUAUAACUAAAGGUGCCUGAAGACACAUUGGAAGUAACUAAAAAAGUUUAUAAACUACCAUUUACUAAGUCACAUUAUUUCACCAGUAGAAUGAAUUAAUUGCUUAAUGCUUCUACCUAUUACAAAAUUGAAUGCAGAUGUCCUAGUUCAGAAGUCAGCAUGUAUUAAAUUCAUUUUUUUUCCACCAGCAGACAACUUUGGGAUCAUUUAAUAAAUGCUGAUUACACUGAGGUUAAUUUAGAUCAGACCUUAAUGUGUGAAGUGGGGUGGUAUUUGCUUCAGCAACUGGAGAACAAAUAUAAAUGAGAUGUGGCCUAGUAACCUUUUAAUGAGCUCUCUGCAUUCUGAGAUACACUAAGUCUACAGUUGAUGGCUACUGCUGAUUUUUGCAGCAGUUUCAUAUAGAAAACAAAAACAGAUUUAAUUAACUACUAAAAUGAAAUCAGUUUAGUGUUCAUUGUGUAUGGCUCUGGUUUUUUUCCAAGGUCUUGGCAUUUGCUGCAGAAUCUUAAGUUGUCAUUUUUAGAAUAUUGUCUCUUAUGGUUGUGCAAAGGACCAAUACUAAAUGAUUAUUUUAGCUCCCUGAGCCUGUAGUGGUAGCUCUGCCACAUGUAAAAUGCAACCACUCCUUUUGAUGGGGUGUCAGCUUUGAAGAUGGAGAAAUGCUAACAUUCCUUAUUUUAGCAAAAUCAGUCAAUUACUGUGCUUAUGUUGGUGUGGAAAUGUACAUUCUUCAGCUAUAUGUCCAUAUGGAGGUUCUAUUGUAGGCAUUACAGGCCUCCAUAAUUUCCUUAGUCCUGUUCAGAGCAGCUUCUUGGGUCUCCAUAUGGAUCCAUACCACCUUGCCUUCAGUGCCACUCAGUUCUUUCUUUACUAUCUGCAGCUUGAAAUGAAGCAACUGCUUGUCUGUUGAUUCACAGCUUCCUCCCUUUCUUUGUAUUCCAUUCAUUAUUUUUUCCUUAUUUCUUUAGUGUUACAUGGCUGUGUUUAAAGGGGGUUAUUGCCUCCCCUUCACUCCACUACCAGUCUGAUUUUUUUUUUUAUGCCAAACAUCCUGGGUUCAAGCUGUUAACAGACCUGCCACAGGUUUUUUUAAUUGCGGUGCUGGGAAUUCAAGCCAUUUUCCGUAGUUCAGAGUCACCUAUAUCCUAUCAGUGUGUAAUCUCUGCAUAGAAUCUAAAGGCAGGUUUGAGAGAGACAGAGGCUAGACUGAAGCUCCUUUUAAUUGAGCACUCAUUAGCCUUGGUGUAUGUGUGUGUGGGGGGUCCAUUUUCCCUCUGUGGACAUCAACCUUACAUUUCUGGACUGUACUGGUGGCAGCACCAGCUUCAGAGGCUAGGACUUCAAAGAAGCAUUUUUCUCCUUCCACUCUAACCCCUCACAUCCCUCAAAGGAUGCAUGUAAGACUCCAUCUGAACCUGGUACCAAGCCACUAGGUACAGCACAAGAAACAGCAUGUGGAAAAGUCUUAAUAGAAGUAUCUUCCUUAUUACCAACUGACCUUUCCAAGCACUAAGGUAAGAUCAUGCACAGGCCCCCUGUGCACACAGUUGGUAGCCUAUUAUCUCACUUACCAGGUCUUCAGGAUCAGAGAAGUCUUUAUCUGCAAGUUUUCUCAGUAUACGCUUACUAUCUUGGCAAUGUUAGGCCCAGUAUCAACUCAGUCUACUGCACAACAUAGCUCUCCAGCACCCUCCAGAUUUCUUUCCAACAACCUUUUUAAACCAGAGGCAUUCGUCUCUUGUGGCUAUUGUCCUUUACCAGAAACCCUUCCCUGGUAUUGUGUAGCACCCAUGGCUGAUGCUAUUUCCUUCAGCCCAGAGGUUCAGAUUUAAAAAUCUGAAGGCCUCAAUAGAGGGCCUUUUUCUUUAUCUUGCCACUGCAUCCCACUCAGCCAGUAUUCUGAAGGUGUUCUUUUGGACCCUACCAGACAUCCUGGACCCAGAGCUUAUGAUCAUUUCAGGGAAAAAAGUAUGGUUCCACCCAGAAAGAAAUCCCAGUACUUGCUAAUACCACCACAUCAUUUGUAGGCCGCCACAGCUAAACAUUGGCAUUUGGUACUCUAGUGCUUUAUGUACCUCAGUUCCAGAAGCAGUCCCUACCUCUUGGAGGGGAAACUCAUUCCAUCAGCUAAGUCCUUUUCAUUCAGUAAUGCCCCCUCUCCCCAACCUUGCACCAUGAUUUAAAGGCUUUCAAAGACCUCAUGAAACCUCUGGCAGAAUCCUUCCAGAUCUCAUUAGAUGAAGUCUAGGACUCAACACUCCUUGGUGGAAAUAAAUUAUUACCCUUCAGGAAAAAAAUGAACUAAUAAGUAAGGCUCUUAUUACCUGCUCAUAGUCUAGUAAAUAACUGCCACUAUCCAGCUCACCUGUCAGCAGGCAAAUAAAAAGUAAUAUUCCACGGAAGAAAAAGGAACAUUUCUCACCUCUUUUCCAUUUCCUGGUUGGUACAUGUGGCUAAUGAAGGGUAGAGGUAGGCCUAUUCCACACCCUCUCCUUAUGAUAAUAGAGUCUAAAAGUUAAAUCUUGUAGCAUAGCAAAAGCUACAUGUCAGCAGCUCUCCUAUUUUGUGUGGUAAACUACCAAGCCCUGUUGUCAAAAUAACUUCAACACACAUUACCAGUUCACUCAUUUUAUUAAACAUCUGCCCUAAGACCAGAUGGAACAACUGGGGCUCACUAGUUCAGAGAGUCUAUUGACAGCUAGAAACUACCUCCAAGCUUCCAUACAGGUCAGAGAGAGGUUCUAGAUCCCUAGCCAAAGCCAUAGUACUAUGAAUGGCUUCUGUCUUCAGGUCUCCCAAGAGAAGUGCAGAUUAUGGUUGAAUUUCUGGCUCCUUUAAAGGAAUCAGCUCUUCAACUCUAAUAGGAACUCCACACUACAUACUGUGAAGGAUUUGAGAGCUACCUUUAGUCACUGUGAAUCUGCAUUUCUGCAACAAAAAAUGGUUUGAUAAGUCUGAAUGUAAGUGCAAUCUAGUUCGUUACAAUCUAUCCUGCAACUAGCUUUGAAACCUUUCUACUUUUAGAGGGAAGUGAUCUAUUCCUGCAAAUAUAGGACUACUGCUUUCUACAGCUACAUUUAUACCUCCCUCAGAAACAGUUUGGUAUCUUGGUUAUGGAUGCUAAAUUGCAGUUAUCUGAGUAAUUGUGUAGUUGAUGAUACAAACUCUAUUGACUACAUGGUUAGUUAAGGACCACGCUGCAGAGCUGCAGCAGGGGUAGUUCCAGGUGCUGGCUUGAGCCUGGGACUGAGCAGUCCUGACUCAUGCUGGCUCCGGAAACCACCUGCGCUACAGCUCUGCAUUUUCAAUGUAGUGAGUGCCUCUGGGCUCUUGCUGCAUUUAAAAUACAGAGUGUCAGUGUCCUGGUCCAGUGAGAACCAGGACAGCUUGGUCCUGGCUUGCACUGAGUCCAGCAGCCCUUCUCUGUUGGAGCCCUGCUCCUUGCUGGGGCCCUUGUGUACAGAGGCUGCUGCCAGAGCAGCCUUUGCCCAUGGCAUGCCUUGGCCUGCUGCAGAAAGAGGCUGCUUCACAGCAGCCUCCCCUAUCCCUCCCUCACACCUCGGCUCCCCGAUAGACAGGUGGCACAGAAAAAACGGUGCUGGGAGCAACUGGCUUUUGAGCCAGCUAGGGAAGAGGGGGAAACUGGUGUAACUGCAUGUGAACCAAUGAGCCCAUUGGUUAACCAUAUAAAUGGUUUCACUUUCACAUCCCUAAACUCAAACCUGGUGGCUACGUCUACACUGGCCCCUUUUCC